GACGCUCCCUCUUUCUCUAUGAGCCUGCGUGGCUGAGGGAGAGAGAGAGCAGGAGAGCAGAGUAGAGGGGGUUGGAGGGAACUUGAAGAAGAAUGUAGCUGUACAGAUUGCAUAGAUGAUCAAAAAUAUGUGGACACAGCAGCGUUACACCCAUAGAUAUAGCUGUCCACAUAUUCUUUGGCCCUAUAGGGUUGAGGUGAUGAGGAAUGCAGAACAGAAGAGGAGAAAAAGAAGAGAGAGAGAUGAUACUCUGUGGCCAAAGUGUGGGUUACUGCAGUAGCUGAAUAAGGCUGUAGACCAACACCAGCUCGACAUACUGAUGGUCACAUGAGGAUGGAAGAAAUUCCACCAAGAUGAGUGUUCGGGAGGGGGCCGGCCCACAACUUCCUGAAUUUAUACCGUUGAUGGUGAUGUCAGAGGAACAUCACUGGGCCAGACCAAGUGGAGGGUGUUUUCCUUUUUGAUUAAUGUUUCUUUUAUAUCAAAAGGCAUCAGUUAGUAAUACUUUUUAUGUUUAGCUUUCAGGAAGAUAUUUAGAAAUACCUGCAGGUUUCUAGUGUGUACAGUGAGAUUGCUUAUGAAUUUGUUUGCAGCUAGGUUAUAGAGCAGGUCACCAUGCUGUGUCAUGGUAGGGCUUAAGUGAGCAGAUGUGAAUUGAAGGCCCUAUAUAAAUGGCCAAGAGCCUCCUCUAUCUUUAAGUUUCACAUCAAUGGAGAAGCACUGUAAUAUAAAAUCUUCAGCUCUUUUGCAUUCAAGAAGUCUGCUGAGUCUUCCUGCCAAUGACCUUCUUGGACCUUUUUGGCCAGACUGCUCUACACUCACCUUGGCCGGUAAUAAUCGGUAUCAAUAAAUGCCCUGAAAUCAACAUAUCAGUCAAUCCUCGCAUUAAAGACAUGGCUUCUUUGGAUUAAAGUAGCUUAACUGACAAAUAAAUGAGUGACCCAUGAGUGUAUCUCCAAAUGUAGGAAUUUUUUUUAUUUUACAAAACAAUGGGAAUUAAUAUGAUCCAGCAUUUAAUGAUCCUCUCCUUUUAGUCUGCAGGAAACUAUAAACAAACUUGAAAAUGAAAUCACGUAUCUGCAUCCUUUAAAAUGAAACGUAGUUUAAUUGUCCUGUCAUUGUCAGUCGGAUUUUAGCACUUUUGCCGUUUUAAACCGAUGCGCUUUUACGCACAGGUUCUGGCUCUUCUGGCUCCAUGACGCACAGCCAAGCAGGCAGAAGUUGGCUGUAAAAGUUGUAUCAUCAAAUCGACACAGUUAGCACCGAUAACAGCAGAAAUUUUAAGACUUGACCUUCAAAAUAAAAGCACAACAUUCUCAAUCUGACAGUGAUGAGGCAUUUUGGUGGAGAAUUUUCUUUAGAAAUUACUGGUUUUUAAGUUGUGUAUUUUUUUUGUAUAUUUAAUGAGCUGGUUUUAUUUUAUUUUAUAGUGUGCUACAUUGUUUAAUCGGAAUGUUUCUUUCUGAAAAGCACAUUAUAGAUACAUUUUAUUAACUCCUUUGGUGACUUAUUGUUGUGCUCAAAUACAUUUGAACUGUCUGAAUGAGGUUUCAACCCUCAGCAUCAAGCCGACACAGCGCCUAUUAUUUUUUGAUUUUAAAAAUUUCUAUGUUGACACUAGUCAAUUUUAAUUAAUACUUAAACGUAGUUUGAAAAAUGUAGAAACAUUUUUGUGAAUUCAAAUAUAUUUGAUAUUUUCUUUUUUUCUAAAUCCAUCUUCAGUUUUCUCAGGCCAUUUCUAUGCUGAGAUGGAGCAAAAUCUUAGCCUAGCCGCGCUAGACCCAGGUCUGAAGACGCUGGGUCUACGGCGGCUAGGCUAGCAAAAUGUGACUCUGUGCAAACACUUUCCAAUACAUUAUACCUAACUUAUAUGCUUCUUUGUGGGCUACUUUUACUUUCACAUACAUAUGAAUACAUCGUGGAGUGAGUUUAGAGGUUGUAAUGUUUUUCUUUUCCGUGGUAUUACUACUAUCCCAGUUUUGUGAUAUUUAAAUCCCAUUCCAGUCUGAUGUUCAGUCAAGGUCCUUUGUUUAUUUUGGAAGCCGCGACAGGAAGCGCCGCUGGUUGAUUCCGUCUGGCUUGACUUCGCUCUCUGACCCGCAAGGUCCCGCAACUGGCAUGAGUUUAGGAUCCCUGAGUGGAAAAAAGAGGGGGGAAUGAACAACACGCCGCCAGGAUUACGGUUGCUCAGGCCUCCUACGGUGAUAGGCCAGUUCCACACCUUGUUCUUCGGCUCGGUGCGGAUGUUCUUCCUGGGCGUUCUUGGCUUCGCCGUCUAUGGGAAUGAGGCUCUGCACUUCAGCUGUGACCCCGACCGCCGAGAGCUCAACCUGUACUGCUACAACCAGUUCCGACCCAUAACACCUCAGGUCUUCUGGGCAUUACAGCUGGUAACAGUGCUUGUUCCUGGGGCAGUGUUCCACCUCUAUGCUGCCUGUAAGAACAUUGAUCAGGAGGAGAUCCUAGAACGACCCAUCUACACCGUUUUCUACAUCAUUUCUGUUCUUCUGCGCAUCAUUCUGGAAGUCAUCGCCUUCUGGCUACAAAGCCACCUCUUUGGUUUUCAGGUUCACCCACUGUACAUGUGUGAUGCCAGUGCUUUGGAAAAGGCCUUUAACGUGACUAAGUGCAUGGUGCCCGAACACUUUGAAAAGACCAUCUUCCUCAGUGCCAUGUACACCUUCACUGUGAUCACCAUCCUUCUCUGUAUUGCUGAGAUAUUUGAGAUACUCUGCCGGCGGCUUGGUUAUCUCAACAACCAAUGACACAAACACACAAGCAUGCAUGCACACACACAAUGACUAAGGGUGUAAACAUAUGGCACAAUUUCUGCCAGUUUUGGCUCUUUGUUAGCUGGACUUUCAGAAACAGGAAGCUAACAUAAGAGCAAAACCUCACCUGUGGUCCAUCUUGAGUGAGUUGCACCAGGAAAUUUGAGAGUGUGCAACAGUCUCAGAGCUGGCAAAUCUGAAAUACUCUCUAGGUGUUUUUGCCUGUCACUAUAGAGUGAUCCUCCCUGGUCGUAUUUCAGAUACCAGUAGGUCUGUACUGGUUGUGUCCAAAGGUCUCAUAUGGACGUGAUGGCAAGAGAUUUUGUACCUCCUACUGAACCCUUAAGGAAUGGGAUAGAAAGAUUUGUGGUUUUCUUUUUUUUCCACAAUAUGACUGAAAGAUAAGUGUCAACUUCAUGGUGCUACAAAAAAACUGUGACUUCAAAAGUCCAAUUUCUUACAAAAGUGAUGACCCAUAACAGCCUCAGGGUCUAUGAAAUCCUAUUCUUGGAGUUGUGCACAGUUGUACCUCAUAUCUGACAGUCUACAGAAGAAAUCAGCUGGAAAUAUUAGCUGCACAUAUUUUUCUUGGUGACCUUGCAUGAUUUACAUGCAUUAAGGUUCAUCUAUUCAACUUGAUGUAUCUUCUUUGGGCUUUGUUCACUUGUGGAGUGCAAACAAUGGACCUGAACAAGUCAAUUUCACGAGGAUUCAGACUUGCAGAAAGCCUUGAUUAAAAGGCUUAAAGUCUUUAUGUAAUGUCACAAUACUCGACAAUGCAAGUAACUUGGCUAGUCACAUAAUUUAGUAUAAAGUGCAGAUGAAUGCUACAGUCUUGCUUGUUUUCUAGGUGCUGAUCAAAUAUGACAAGCAGACUAUAGAGCUGGUAACAAAUCAUCACCUGUGUCACAAAGAACUGUUAUCCAGUAACCUUACCCAUAGGCGUAUGAAUUGCAGGUGCGAUUGCUCAUGAUGCUUGUAUGUGUGACAGUUAUCACUUCCAAGAUGUGCCUGAUAUUUCUUCAAGGCUGUUCUGCCCUUUACUUCUAUGAAAAUGAGCACCACAACUUUGUUGUGCAUCUUUGAUGGAGUUUUCAGCAUUUUUCCUAUGUAAGAUUGGUGGUUCUUCAACAACUUUUGACUUGACUGCCAAUCUACUGCACCACAAAGUUUAAACAUGGCUGAGUUUACCUCCAUGAAGGCAUCUUAGAACAACUGCGUAUCUUGACAUAGAUUCCAUUACUACGAUAGUUGCAAAGCAGUAUUUUAUCAUUUGAAUGCAAACAUCACCCUAAAGUUACAAUUUUCAUAUAAAAUGGGUUUGAUGUAAUAAGCUACAAACAGAAAGGAACUAAAUAUUUCUUAGUGUAGAUGUUAAAACUUUAACAAAAACAACUUAGAAGUCCUAUUUAAAUUUGGAUAUAAAACUGCGUUGGAAUGAGAAUGUUUUAAUUUUUUAAGUGCUACAAUUUGUAAUGGUUUUAAAUUAUCUGAAAAAAAUAUCAAUUGCAAUUAAGAAGAAAAAAUGGGAAUUUUAUUGUGAAUUGGGUUUGAAUACAAAUGUACCAACAAACUGGUUGUCAUCCAAUGAUGAACUGGUGGAGGACAUAUAAAGCAUUGUCCUUUUAGGUACUGAACUGCCACCUCUAAUGUGUUCCGGCAUCCAAGGUGAGACUGAUGAGGUCUCAGCUGGUUAAAAAGAUAUCACUGUGUAGUAAAGUUCUCAACAGAUAUGGACAUAAUCAGAUUUUGAAUGUGAAGCUUUGAGAGCUUCAAGGCCCUAUUGCUCUCAUAAUAUGAUAAGUGGCCCGGUGAAAAUUGAAAGUAACAGCUCAUUCACUCCAGAUAUAUUAGAAUUUUUUUUCCCUAUGUCUGAUUUUGAGCUUUCUCUACUGUGGAACUUAUCAAGGAUGUCCUUUCUUUUUAUAUCACCACCUCUUAGCUUGAAGUAUUGAUACUCUUUGUAAAUUUGCCUUUGGUGUCACUGUCGAUGUAUUCUGAAAAUGAUUACCUCUAAUGUUUUGUUACGUUUCUUGUUUUUUUAAUCAGACAUCCAUCCAACUUUUGUUAUGAAGUUUUCAGCAAUCUGUUUAUCAUCUCAGGUACAAAAUUGCAUUACCAGACAAAAGUGGAUCAAACCCUCAUUUCAAACCCUUUUAAACCCUUACACAAGAUAUUCCAGGCCCGAGGGACCACUCCAGUUGAUCCCAAGCUAUUGAUCUGAUUAGUCUGGAAGAGUUUAAGAGGGUUUGAAACAGUUAUGUGACUCCUGUGGUUUUGGUUUGUCUACAUUCUGGUAUCUGUGACUGGAGGAUGGUUUUAAAUUUUGCCUCUUAUGUUCUGUCACCAAGACUUAGGCCUUGUUUACAUAAAUUGAAAUUGUAGAAUUGCAUUCAAGCAGGAUGAGGUAUUUACUAGCCCACAAUUACUGAUCCAGCUAGCAUAGACAGCUAUUAUGGCCUCACAGAUGAGCUAGUUAGCUGGCAGUUUGCAUGCCAGCUACAGAAGUUUGCUAAAUGACUCUAAAUACAUGUAAAACAUGGACGUAAACCCCCUUGUCUGUAAGUGCCUUAAACCUGCACUGUCACACAGCCAGUAGGGUGUGACUCAGCCUGUUGCAAAUUUAAAUCUCAUUGUAUAGAAGUGUAUGAGAAAAUGACUCUGCUUCUCGCUUGAUUUGUUACCACACUAAACAUUUUUCUAGUAAGUUUAUGAUCUUAAUCCCUCGUUCCAAGGCUCCUUCAACAAAGCAGAAUAUUCUUUUUGUAAGUAAUGGCCCCAUUUACAGUUAAAUAGAUGAUGAACCUGGCAUGUUUUAGGGAUUGGGGACAUUGUUAUUGACAAAUCUCGACCAUGCAGCCAUGCAUAUUGACCCCGAGUUCUUAGUCAGAUCCACCUCUAACUUGUCAAUAUAAAUCUCAACAAACCAAGAUGGCAACAAAUAAAGUGCAAACUUCAGAAUGCUAGUUCGCAAACAAGUAGGGGAUGUGACAGUGCCUGUGCCUAUCUUUUAUAUACUAGUGGCAGUUAUCGUGUCAUCAAGCCUUUAGCAAAGUCAGAUUCAUAAGUAUGUGUAGGUGUCCUGUUUGCUGGUGUGGCCAGGCUAUCAUGCCAAUUUUAGUAACAUCUAUAAACAUAGUUAUAUAGAUAAAGACGUAGGCCAAGGAAUUUUCAAAAACAUAAAUAAAUCCUCUAAACACAGUAUAUUGCUCAGGUUGGCUAGUGUACGGGUUUUGUCUUUUGUCUCAUGAUAAAAGUUAUUCCACAGGUUGAAACAUCUGGGCUAGUCUUGGUGAUGGGCUUUUUCACAUAUGUACAUGAAGCUGUGCUUAAAUGUCUUAGACUGAUGAACUUAGAAAGCACGAAAAAAAGAGUGAGUCAUUGAUACUUGAUUGGAUUGUAAGGUUCUAAUGAAUAAUUGGUCAAAAUAGACCUUUUUGGGCCUUGUGCAAAAUUAGUGAUACGCUUUACAGUUUAGUACGUUUUUUUAAAUAGUGCCACAAAAAUAGUUCAUUUGAUGAGGUCAACUCCAAACCACUGACUGUAAAAUGUCAACACAGAGUUGGCUUUUUAUGGCCCCAUUGAAAUUACUUACCUGAUCAGGGAGUGUGUUGUUUAUAUGUCUUGAAGCUUCUAUUGACCACUAAUAUCAACGUCAAUCAUGAUGCAUCAUACAGAACACUCCACCGCAAAAACGACUUAAUUUGUAUCCCUUUGAUUUUUACUGACGUUAUUACAUGUUAGUUGUGAAAAUGGAGCCGAGUCUCUUUACAUUUUUCAUCAACUGCCUGUCUCUGUAUUGAAUUACUUUUGUCCUUCUUGAAUGUCUACAACCUUGCAGCUACGUCAAAGAAAAAGAGGCACACUUUAUGACCAACGCAUAAUUAUUGAGAAACGUGUUUGUCUGAGUGCUACUGUUUACUGAAGGUGACCAGUGAUUCUCCUACUUGUUUUGUCUUGAGAUGAUUGAUUAAACAUGUCCGACAAUC